AUGGAAGAGGAAAACUCGGCAGGCCCCGAAAAAGGAAGAGGCCAUGAUGCCAUCAAGACCGGGAGCAGUAGGGGAUUUUGGGAGAGAACAGUGCAGAAGAUCCUGGGUGAGGAGGACAACCUCAGCUCAGAUGUUCAGCGUCAGCAGUUCAGGGCUUUCUGCUACCAGGAGGCCAAGGGGCCCCGAGAGGUUUGGAGUCAGCUCCACCGACUUUGUCGUCAGUGGCUGAAGCCGGAGCAACACACCAAGACUCAGAUGCUGGACCUGGUGAUCCUGGAGCAAUUCUUGACUGUCCUUCCACUGGAGAUGGAGAGCUGGGUGAGGGAAUGUGGAGCGGAGACCAGUUCCCAGGCGGUGGCCCUGGUCGAAGGUUUCCUCCUGAGUCAAGCAGAGGUCAAGAAGCAGAAAGAGCAGCAGGUGAGAGUUUCAUCUAGAUAAUCUCAAGGGGCGCAGAAUGUGAGGGAGGGCGUCCCAAAAAUUCUCUUAAUUUUUUGGGGGGAAACAUCCAAAGAAGAAUAUUCAGCAACUCUUCGGUUCCUACCUCUGUCAUGGCUUUUCUAACCCUUCUCCCCAUUUGAUGUCUUCCAUCCUCGUUACUGUUUCAGAUACAGGAUCCGUUUGCAAAAAAGGGCACUAAUGUCCUAGAGGUGGAGAGGAAUCCAUUGGACACCAGACAGGGGCCACUGGGUGAGGAUUGA